AGCAGAUCUGUCCUUUUAAAUAGAAAACAUUCUGAGGACGCAUCCCAUUUCCCAUUCAGGAAACGAAACCGCUCAGAUCUAGUAAAGGUUUCGCGGGAUUAGAGCUACGGAUCGGGCUGACCUUCUCGCAGACCCGAGGACCGCAGCUCCACAGAAGAGCCAGGACGCUGUUUUUGACUUUGCCAGACGUCGAGUCUUGCGCCUGCGCUCAGAAGCAGCGAACCUUUGCAAGGACAGGUCGUAAGCACGGUUUCCGCAACCGACUGCGUUCUUCGGCGCCGCUUCCUCCCGCUGCGGGGAUUCCGUAGCUUCCGCUUCCGCUCCGGAGCGUCCUGGAGUCCGAGAGCUACGGCUGCAGCCUGUAGGUCCUGAAGAAUGAAGAUUUGAAAGCAAGGCCAUGGCUAAACACCUGAAGUUCAUUGCCAGGACUGUGAUGGUUCAGGAGGGGAACGUGGAAGGUGCAUACAGGACCCUGAACAGAAUUCUCGCCACCGAUGGGCUUACUGAGGUCAUAAAGCGGCGGCGUUUCUAUGAGAAGCCCUGCCGCCGUCGCCAGCGGGAGAGCUAUGAAACAUGCCGGAGGAUCUACAACAUGGAAAUGGCUCGAAAGAUUAACUUCUUGAUGAGGAAGAACCGGGCAGAUCCGUGGCUGGGCUGCUAAGCCCAUGUUAGUUCUGUGUCUGACUGUUCUUACACAACCCCAAUCUCUGUUGCCUUUCUCUACAAUAAACUCGAUCACACGUAAACAAGAAGACCAAACAUAUAGAAGCUAUCUCACUAGUCCACAAUGGACCCUUUUACUGAAAGGAAAAGAAGCUAAUAAAAAAUGGAA